AUGUCUGGGCCAAACCUUUCCCAAGUUCCAAAGAGACCAAGAGAAUGGCCUUCAAGCAGGAGUGGCAGUUCUGCCAAUAAAAACAAGAAUCGAGUUGCGACAAGACGCAAGCAUCGAGAAAGAGAAUUGAAACCGUUGAAGAACAAGUUAAAAUCUGGUAUUCGUACCAAAGAAGGCAGUCACAGUACUAAAGACAGUAAAGCUAUCCUUGAAGCACAGCACAAUCUAUGUUUCCACCAGAUUGGGAAUGAGAUGAAAGCUGAUUAUGAAGAGCUCGACGCUAUUCUGAUCGCUUGUUGCAUUAUGCAGAUCAAGGCCAAGUUUGAUACUGACGAAGGUCUGAACUUCAUCCAACAGUUUUACAUCAAUCAUGGACUGAAGAAGUUUGGUGAUGAUGGAAAGGAUGCUGUGGAUAAGGAAUUGAGACAAAUGCUCCUAAGAGAUUGUUUCACUCCCGAAUUUGUUAAAGACAUGGCCGCGUCUGAGCGAAAGAAGGCCCAAUCAGCGAUGAUGUUACUUGCGGAGAAGCAAUUCAAAAAGACAAUUAAAGGUCGCCUAGUAUACCAAGGCGAUGGAACUCGUGAAUGGUUAUCGCGAGAGGACACUGCAAGUCCAACUGCUUGGCAGGAAGCAAUCACCAUUACUUGUGUUAUUGAUGCACACGAAGGUAGAGAUAUAAUGACGCUGGACGUACCUAACUGA